AUGUCAACAGCGCUAACAUCCCUCCCAAACCCGACCGACGUACAAGAUCCCGACCAGACAUUCCAACCGUCCGACUUUUCAUUCCUCUCCCAACUCUUGCACAUCCUCCAAAAGUUUGAAGCCGGCGAGGACGCUCAGGAGAUUGCAACGUUGGCGUCGAAUUUGAAGACGAGCUUCAAGAAGUGUCAGAUGAUUUUGGAUCAUUUACCGGGUGCGGAUUUGUCGGCGGACCAGCAGGGGAGGUUGUUGGCUGAGGAGCAGGCGACUCUGGAGAAGAAGCGAUCGCAAUUGAAGAAGUAUCUGGAGGGACAGGUCUGUGCGACACCACCACCAUCAACAAAGCAGGAAGAAGUGGAGCCAUCAACGGCGGGAGCAAGUGUACCACAACCACAGUCGUUAUCAUCACCUGCAACACUCAAAUCAGAACUCACCUUGGUAAUGGAGGGCGUGAAGGUCGAGGACCAAGCAUAA